AAGUUUUUAUCCAAAACUCAGGCACCCACAAGACUACGAAGAGUGCUUAGAAAAAACUCAGGCCGGAAACGAGUGUGAAAGGAAGCCUCGCCGGAAAAUUCAAAGCCAUGGCGGAGAACCAGACGACCAGACACCAGGAAGUUGGCCACAAAAGCCUCUUGCAAAGUGAUGCUCUUUAUCAGUAUAUUCUUGAAACUAGCGUGUACCCCAGAGAACCAGAAGCCAUGAAGGAGCUUAGAGAAGUCACUGCUAAGCAUCCCUGGAAUCUUAUGACAACCUCGGCCGAUGAAGGGCAGUUCUUGAGCAUGCUUCUCAAGUUGAUCAAUGCCAAGAACACCAUGGAGAUCGGCGUUUACACCGGUUACUCUCUCCUAGCCACCGCUCUUGCCCUUCCUGAUGACGGAAAGAUAUUGGCAAUGGACAUCAACAGAGAAAACUAUGAAUUGGGUCUGCCGGUGAUAGAAAAGGCAGGAGUUGCCCACAAAAUUGACUUCAGAGAAGGUCCAGCAUUGCCCAUUCUUGAUCAACUCGUUGAAGAUCCAAAGAAGCAUGGCACAUACGACUUCAUAUUUGUGGAUGCUGACAAGGACAACUACCUCAACUACCACAAGAGGUUGAUUGAUCUGGUUAAGGUUGGGGGUGUGAUCGGCUACGACAACACUCUGUGGAACGGUUCCGUGGUGGCCCCACCCGAUGCUCCCAUGAGGAAGUACAUCAAGUACUACAGGGAUUUCGUGUUGGAGCUUAACAAAGCCUUGGCCGUUGAUCCCAGGAUCGAGAUCUGCAUGCUCCCUGUAGGCGAUGGGAUUACCCUGUGCCGCCGCAUCAGCUAAUCACACAAAAUCAAAAAAAA